UGGUCGGCACCGGCUGUCCCAAUUUGAGGAAUACGGCUGGCAUUAAAGGAGUUAAGACCUGUGUUUCGCUGCUGCCAUUUAGGUGCACUUGGAUUUAUUUUGUCUUUCUCUCUCCGCCCCCCCAACCUGAAAUGUUUUCUUCAGGUUGCUGAUCUCAGCGGUAAAGACGCGGUGCACAUCAUCUGCAGUUUAGAGAAUGAGGAAACAAACGAACUGCUGUUAGCCCUCUGUCAGGUGUUCCUCUCCCAACAACUCUGCAGGGGUGACAUGUACUAUUUAUGGGAGCUUGUUUUUAUCUGGAGCAAACUUCAUCAUCGGCUGAAUACUUCCAAAGAGGCGUUUCUUGAGGAAAGCCGUCGCCUCAUGCUGUCUGCCACCAACGUCAACGCAGUCUUCCCGUUUGUCCGAGUUGUCAUCGAAGAGUUGGGUGAAGACGGAAUCCAGUUCUGCGUGGAGCUUUGCGCGGACGCCUUGAAAUCUCGUCUCCCUUGCGACGCCAUCACCAAGUCGCUGAUCUAUAAAACCAUCGCGGGCCUGCUGCCCAACGAUCUCGAAGUGUGUCGGGCGUGCGCGCUCCUGGUCUUCUUCUCGGAACGCAGCGUGGGAGCCUACAAGAUGGUGUCUUUGCUGUAUAUGCUUCCAGACCAGGACUACCACGUUGAGCACAGCCCCAUCAGAAAUCAAAUUCGAUUUGAAACGCUGCAGGUAAAGGACUCUCUUGAAAUACACGAUUUAUUCAGGCCUGACCGAUUAGCUG